AUGACACGCGGUGACGGCAGCGGCCGCAGCAGCCGGGUCAGCGGCAGUGCCGACGACGACGUCGGUGGUGUCGACGAUUACGUCCACAUCGAGGCCGUCCUCGUUGUCGUCGUGGUGGUCUCGAACCCGGCCCCGCCUUCACUCCGCCCGUCACACCGGAAUGGCCGCGAGCACGUGAAGUGUGAGGGUCCAUCCACCUCCACCGCCACACGCCUUGGCAAGAGCAAGAGCAGCAGCAGCAGCAGCGCCCGUGGUGUUGUUUUCGUUGGUGCGGCAAGGGGAGGUGACCACAGGCAGCGCCAGAAGCGGGACCAGGAGAGGGGCGCGAAGGGGAGUUCAAUACCAGACGAGGCCCUCAAUCACAAACACAACCCGACUGCGCCGCCAAACCCGCCAAGCCCACCUGCAGCAUCACUUGCGCCUGACAAAGCUGCAUCACCGCUGUACAGCCCCCGCGUACAGGACGUCGCAGUAGCGGUAGCAGUAGCAAUAGCGUUUUUGUGA